UCAAAGACGGGCAACGUAGAAUAUCAAAACCCCAAAAUGUGUGGAUGGGAAAUUAUGUAUGAAAUAAUAACACUGCUUUGUAAUAUGUAUAUAUGUAGAUGGACCACAUACGCUAGCUAGAUUAUACUCUUCUUAAUGUAAUGUUCAGACAGACAUACGAUAGUAGGACUAUUCUCCGUCUGCCUCCACGACUCCUGUCUUCCACGCCACGUGACCUACUCAUAUCUGCGCCUGGGGACAAUGAAAUGCGAAAUGGAGGACCAUGACUGCAAGGAGCCUGAGCAGCUCAGAAAGCUGUUUAUUGGAGGUCUGAGCUUUGAAACUACAGAGGAGAGUUUACGGGCACAUUUUGAAAAAUGGGGAUCCCUCACCGACUGUGUGGUAAUGAGAGACUCCAGUAGCAAACGUUCAAGAGGGUUUGGAUUUGUGACAUAUUCCUCUGUGAAGGAAGUUGAUGAAUCAAUGAAAGCCAGGCCUCACAAAGUAGAUGGGAGAGUUGUUGAACCCAAGAGGGCCGUCUCUAGAGAGGACUCUAAUAAACCAGGUGCCCACCUGACAGUGAAGAAGAUCUUUGUUGGUGGAAUCAAGGAGGACACUGAGGAGUACCACAUCCGCGAGUAUUUUGAGAAAUAUGGAAAGAUUGAUUGCAUUGACAUCAUGGAGGAACGCUCAACUGGGAAGAAGAGAGGGUUUUGCUUUGUCACCUUCGAUGAUCAUGACACUGUAGACAAAAUUGUUGCCCAGAAGUACCACUCAAUCAACAAUCACAAUUGUGAGGUCAGAAAAGCGCUCUCAAAACAGGAAAUGUGUUCCAUAAAUAAUAACAGGGGCAGGAAUGGAGGCUCUGGAAACUUCAUGGGCAGGGGUGGUAAUUUUGGAAGUGGUGGCAACUUUGGACGGGGUGGUUACAGUGGAGGAAGAGGUGGUUAUGGUGAUGAUUUUGACAAUGGUCCAGGAGGAAAUUAUGGGGGAGGUCCAGGUUAUGGAGGAGGUCGAGGGGGCUACGGAGGAGGUGGUGGUGGUGGAGGUAGUGGUUAUGGCAACCAAGGAGGCGGGUUUGGUGGCAGCUGUGAUGGAGGUUAUGGAGGCAAUGGUGGAGGUUAUGGAGGUGGUGGAAACUACAAUGACUUUGGAAGUUAUGGUGGACAGCAAUCCAACUAUGGCCCCAUGAAGGGAAGCAACUUUGGUGGGAGAAACUCAGGUGGACCCUAUGGUGGUGGCUACGGCUCUGGUGGUGGUGGUGGAGGAGGCUACGGCUCGAGGCGUUAUUAAUUAUUUCAUGUUUUGAUGUGGAAUGAGGCAUUCUCUUCUUGCUGAAAAUCUGUAAAGACCUGAUAACAAGGAAGGUUCUGGAUGGGUAAGACUUUUUCAAAAUAUUAUCUAAGGCUUCUCCUGUUGUAAUCUAACAGUGCAUAUGUUGUAGGGUCUUUUUAGGUAAACUGAGCAGGAUGACAUCCAAUGUUGUUUGCCCAGUAUUGGCCUGUUACCUUUACCAUACUGCUUGGUGUACCUUGAAGGCAAAAAUUAAGUGUUUCCUUAUCAUUUCACUUGGAGCCAAUUCUGAUAAAGUUUAUCAUGAUUAAUUGCUCUUGGGAAAUAUCAUUACUUAUUAACACUAUUACAUAUUUCUCAAGGAGAAAUUUGAAAGAUUUAUCUGAAAGGUAUUUUUGUAAAUGGAUCUGUCCAUCAGUCUCUUGAUAUAAUUGCUUGGCUUUUAAAAAGCUAAGCUUGUCAAAAAAAAAGAGGCAGUAUAGUUUCUGUUUUUAUAACCUGAAACAAGCAAAGGGAUACUCUUUACUUAAACUUAAAAUAUUGAGCGUUAGGUUACUCGUCAGUAUGGGUUUAGAUAAUAAGUUAUGUUUCCUGUAGGUAGCAAAUAUGCAUAUGGCAUAUCUUAUGUAUUACUAGUAAUUGGUGCAAUCUCCAGGAAGCGUUAUCUUGGAUGUUUUCAUUCUGGCACCUUCAGUCUGGCUUCUGAGUGUUUAAGGUAAAAAGGCAAAGGGUAUGUUUUCUUUUAACAUUGUGAAGUCCAGCCUGGCUUUAUUUAGACCUACAGAUCUUAAACUACAAAUAUAAUUUGAGCAUUUUUGGUAGGAGCCAUAAAGAUCUAAUAAUUUCAGAUUAUUUAUUUAAAAGUUUACUACAGACAUUAAAACAUUAACAUGAUGGAAAUAAAACACACAAUAUCUGCGUCACUAUUUCUUUCUCUUACAUUCUUAACCAUUAUGUAUUUGAAGGGAUUUCUAUCAAGGCAGGUCUGUUAAUUCUUAAAGGGAAAACAAGUCGUACUGUUAUCAACCAGAUGCAGUGUCACAUCUCUACUGAGGAAUGUAGAAGGACUCGAUUACAUCAAACAAAUAUGUGGUUUUAGAACUCCCACUAGUGUGAAUUAAACUGUGAUGGUUUAAAUGUAAGCUGUGUGUAAAUGUAAAAUGUGAUGUGUUCUUAAUAAAGACAUUUUCCUUGAAGCGAGUAUUUGUUUUCCAAAAAGCACUCGAAAACCACAUCGCGUGCCACAAAUGUUUGCCCUCAUUGUAUAAAGGUACAGCUGUUAUCAAUGUCAGACAUUUAUUGAGUUGUUAGCCUGCUCACCAGAUUAGUUUGACACACCCUCUGUAAAACACGAGCUCUGUGAUCAAAGGGUGGCGUUUUGUGUGCGAAAGUGCAUGUGGGGCACAUUGUGAUUGCAAAAGGCUUUUACCUUUGACUAUGCUAAGCCAGUGGGCCAUUGUGAAGUUGUCAUGCACGGUUCGCACUGUGCUCACUCCACUUUAGCUCAACAACCGUUCUCUUUGUUGUGUAAUGACAGUAGUGGGUGUGAUUUCUUUAGCAAUGGCAGUUUCACAGUCUUAAAAGAUUAAGGUUACUGUACGUAAAUUGCGAGCAAAAUGGGAAACUAUUUUAAACCUAUAAUACUUUGUUAACGUCCAAAAUUCCAUUUUUGCAUUCUUACACCUUUCACGCCAGAGCAUGAACAUGUGGUGAGUUAUGUAAUCAUUCUACACUAUGUAUUGUAUAUGUCCAUCUGGCAUCCAUCUGUUUCAAGCUGUUCACCACACAAUGUUCUCUCGUCAGAAGACUGGAGGCCAUGUAGCUAUAGAAUAGUUUAUUGAAAAGCAUGGAAAUUUAAAAAAAAAAAAAACUGGGCAGAAAUU